AGUCGAAGCCCCACACUCCAGCUCAGUAGGUGGCGGUAAAGGACUAAGAGCCGCCAAUAAGAACAAGACGAGCCUUCGGCUGACAUUCAGCAAACAUGGCGGCCUUCGUCUUUGCAAGGCGUUCGAAGAGUGUCCUUCCCAGAAUAUCAGGCACUUGCUCUCCUGUGGUGCUAUCUGCUGUUCCUGUAACCGUGCAGAACAGGAAGAUCCAUCAUGCUCUCAUCCCCCGAGGAAAAGGAGGUCGCUCCUCUUCAAGUGGCAUUGCAGCCACAGUGUUUGGAGCGACUGGGUUCCUUGGCAGAUACGUCGUAAAUCGGCUUGGCCGCAUAGGCUCCCAGAUAGUGGUUCCUCAUCGCUGUGACCAGUAUGACCUGAUGUACAUGAGGCCCAUGGGUGACCUUGGUCAGAUCAUCUUCAUGGAAUGGGAUGCCCGAGACAAGGAGUCCAUGCAACGGGCAAUUUCUCAUUCAAAUGUGGUGAUUAACCUUGUGGGAGAAGAAUGGGAGACAAGUAAUUACAAGUUUGAAGAUGUCUUUGUGACAAUCCCACAGCAGAUUGCCAAAGCAACCCGUGAAGCUGGAAUCACUAAACUAAUCCACAUGUCCCACCUGAAUGCAGAUAUCCGUAGCCCAUCCAAAUACCUGAGGAAUAAGGCAGUGGGUGAGCAAGCAGUGAGGGAUGAGUUCCCUGAUGCCAUCAUCAUGAAGCCAUCUGAGAUGUUUGGAAGAGAAGAUCGGUUCCUCAAUCAUUUUUGCAACAUGCGUUGGUUUGGGAAAGCUGUACCCCUUAUUGCCUUGGGGAACAAGACUGUCAAACAGCCUGUUCACGUGGUGGAUGUUGCCAGGGCUAUUGUGAAUGCUAUCAAAGACCCUGAUGCCAAUGGGAAAUCAUAUGCACUAACUGGACCCAACAGGUAUCUCCUGCAUGAUCUGGUAGAGUAUGUUUAUGCAGUGGCCCAUCGGCCUUUUGUUGCUUACCCGAUGCCUCGUCCCCUCUAUCAUUUUGUUGCCAGCUUCUUUGAGAGAAGCCCAUUUGAACCUUGGACAACCCGUGACAAAAUAGACAGGUUUCACACAACAGACAUGUUGUACCCAGGAAUGCCUGGCCUGGAAGAUCUUGGCAUCACACCCGCCACUGUAGAGCAGAAGGCCAUCGAGAUCCUGCGCCGCCACCGUCGCUUCCGUUAUCUGGAAACUGAGCUGGGUGAAACUAAACCACCAAAAACUGUUGCCAUCUAGCAUCUUAAUAGAGUGACAUGAGCACCCACUGGCUCUGUUGCUGAUGUGGUAUCUUACUUUUAAAAAGUCUUCUGUACAUAAAUAAUAAAAUAAUGAUUCACACAA